CAAAUACAUCUCUCAGAUACCCACAUAGCCAGUGCCGCUUCAAGCAUAGAAACAAACCCAUAUGGAAAUGGAGUCUGAAAUUGAGCGAGGAGCCCAGAGCAAGCAGAAUCUAAUCAGUGAAAAUAGCGGGGGUCUGGGCUGCUGUGGUUGGAUCCUUGUCAUCAUCUCUGCAUUUUUCUCCAUCUUGUUAUUUCCAGUCACCAUUUUCAUAAGCAUUAAGAUUGUGAAAGAGUAUGAGCGUUCUGUCAUAUUCAGACUGGGGCGGAUAACAUCCCGAAAAGCCAAAGGACCAGGAAUCUUCUUCGUCAUCCCCUGCACGGACUCGUUUGUCAAAGUGGAUCUUCGAACCAUCUCAUUUGACAUCCCUCCUCAGGAGAUCUUGACCAAAGACUCAGUGACAGUUUCUGUGGAUGGUGUUGUGUACUUCCGUGUAAGUGACCCUGUUGCCUCAGUUGCAAAUGUGAGUAAUGCAGAUUACUCCACUCGCCUAUUGGCCCAGACCACCUUGAGGAACGUCCUGGGCACCAAGAACUUGGCUGAAGUCCUUUCUGACAGAGAAGGCAUCUCCCACAGCAUGCAGAUGACUCUAGAUGAGGCCACAGAUUCAUGGGGAAUCAAGGUGGAGCGGGUGGAAAUUAAAGAUGUUAAACUGCCACAGCAGCUGCAGAGAGCAAUGGCAGCUGAGGCAGAGGCGGCGCGUGAGGCCAGAGCGAAGGUCAUUGCAGCAGAGGGUGAGAUGAAUGCAUCCAGGGCUCUGAAAGAGGCAUCUCUAGUGAUCGCAGAGUCUCCAUCCGCCCUUCAGCUCAGAUACCUCCAAACCCUCAACACCAUCGCAGCCGAGAAGAACUCCACCAUCAUCUUCCCUCUGCCCAUGGACGUCAUGAGCCACUUCAUGAAGAAAUGAUUGAUGAAUAUUCACAAAGUGUACAGAUGCUCACAAGUGAUUAAUUUAGAAAUUUUGCGUGAUGUUCUUACGUGUCAUGUUUUAUAUAUUUCAGUUUUUUGGUGUUAAAGAGAUGUCAUUUAUCUAUAACAGGGAAGAGUGAUGAGGUUUACAAAUGAUUUAUUUAAAAAUACAAAAUCCCUAUUAUAUUUUACAGCAUAUAUCUGUGUAACAACUUUCAAAUGCCAGUUUUAUAUUCUUAUAUGUAUGCAUGAAAUAAAAUAAACUACAAUUAAAAACAGA